AUGGGCAAGCUGUGGACGAUCCUAUCUCACCUUCACUCCUUAGCAGGGCCAACUGUCACUCUGCUUUACCCCUUAUAUGCAUCGGUGCAGGCGAUGGAGAGCUCGUCUAAGCUCGACGACGAGCAGUGGCUAGCCUACUGGAUCCUGUAUUCAUUCAUCACACUCAUGGAGAUGCUCCUGCAGUCUCUAAUCUACUGGAUUCCUGUUUGGUAUGAGUUGAAGCUGCUGUUCAUGGCCUGGCUGGUUCUUCCAAACUUCAGGGGAGCAGCAUUCAUCUACAACAAGUUUGUGAGGGAGCAGGUGAAAAAGCAUAUUUCUAUUCAGGCUGCAGGUGCUGGCAGCACUAGCAACAACAACGUUACUGCUAACAAAGAUAAGAAGAUCGUUUCUACUUCUCCAAAAGAGAAGAAGUCCAAGGGGAAGCUACUUUCCAUGGUCAUUCCAAAGAAGCUCAAGUUUUGA